UGCAGCAGGCGGCGCUGUGGUGCACUUGUUCGCUGCGCGAUUUACCAGAAGAAGAAGGUCAUCAUUCUGUCAUAUGGAGAAUUUUAGUUUAGUUUUUUAUUCAUGUGUAAAAUCACCAGUUUCCAAUUAAUGAUCUCAGAUUGAUCUGACACGAUUUUACAGGUAUAAGCAGGACACAAAACACGGUGCAUACUCUUGUGUGGAAUAAUUGGUUGUCCACUGUAAACCAUACCUUUGUUCACGGUGUUCUCUGUUUGUUUCUUCAUCAAAAGUCUCAGAGAAUUUAUGCUGUCAAAAAAUGGAGGUGUUUAUGCAUCACUGUUAUCGCAAGCUCCCAGCCCUCAUGUCCAGGACGCUCUUCAAAGCAUUAAAAAGAAGCCACAUCAAAUGUGCCAUCCACACUUCUCCCCUCGUCUCUGUCCCUUCCAAACCAACCAUCCCACCACUGCUUGUGUCUCGCCUCUUCCAGCCGUCCAACUUCCGGGAGGGUCAGGAGGGAGGAGACUUGACAUGUCGCAGCCAGAGACUGAUGCUGCAGACAGGGCUUAUCCAUUCCUCCAACCCUGGCUGCUUCUAUUACUUACCAGUCGCUCUGAGGUCCAUGGAGAAGCUGGUUCGGCUCAUUGAUGAAGAGAUGCAUGCGAUCGGUGGGCAGAAAGUUGACAUGCCGGCACUGUGCAGUGCAGAACUCUGGAAGAAGAGUGGCCGCUGGGAGCUUAUGGGGAAAGAGAUGUUCAGGUUACUGGAUCGGCACAAUGCUGAAUACUGCCUCGGGCCGACUCAUGAAGAAGCAGUUACAGAGCUUUUUGCUUCCCAGACGAUAUCUUACAAGAAGCUGCCACUUCUACUGUACCAGGUAACACGCAAGUUCCGUGAUGAACAGAAGCCAAAGUUUGGGCUCCUACGUGGCCGGGAGUUCUACAUGAAAGACAUGUAUUCAUUUGACAUUAAUGAAGAGGCAGCUCUUCUUACAUACCACUCUGUGUGUCAAUCGUAUGGACGGAUAUUUGACCGACUGGGCUUGAAGUGGGUGCAGGUACAAGCUGCCACCGGCAACAUAGGAGGCACACUUUCCCAUGAGUUUCAGCUGCCAGCAGACAUUGGCGAAGACCAGUUACUUGUUUGUGGAAACUGUGGCUUCUCUGCCAACAUUGAAACCAUGGAACCAGGGCAGACUGAGUGCUCACAGUGCCAAACGGGCACACUGACUGAAUCCAAAGGCAUCGAAGUGGGGCACACUUUUUACCUCGGCACAAAAUAUUCACAGGCAUUUAGGGCCUUGUUCGUUAAUGCAUCCAAUGUGCCUGCAGUGGCUGAGAUGGGGUGUUUUGGACUUGGCGUCACUCGAAUACUUGCUGCUUCUAUAGAGGUUAUGUCAUCCGAGGAUGCUAUUCGCUGGCCUGGGUUGAUCGCUCCUUAUCAAGUGUGUGUCUUGCCACCUAAAAAGGGCAGCAAAGCGAAUGAAGCCACACAAGUGGCUGAGGAACUGGCUCAAAGCUUGGGAAACAGUCUACCAAACUUGAGAGGAGAGGUGGUACUGGAUGACAGGGUUCAGAUGACCAUUGGUAAACGACUGAAGGAUGCUAAAAUUUUAGGGUAUCCAUAUGUGGUGGUGGUAGGACAGAAGGCUUUAGAGGAUCUGCCCAGCUUUGAGGUGAUUUGUCAGCAGAGUGAAGAGACCAUGUUCCUUAGUAAAGAGGGGCUAGUGGAUCUUUUAAGUAAAGUUGAAACUAUCUAAUAUUAUUUUAUAACAUUUUUGCGUACAUUUUACAGGCUAAGUGUUCAAGAGAGUUCAAGCAUUGCUUGUCUGUUAUAAAAGUAUGUGAUGUAGAAAUCUCUGUAAUGUUAUAACAAGGAAAUGUUGAUAAUAAAAUAGAUCUGUUUGUUAUA